AUGAACUUACGUGAAUCACUUUUACGUGGUAUUUAUGCUUAUGGUUUCGAACGUCCUACAGAUAUUCAACAACGUACUCUUAAACCGUGUAUUUCGGGUUACGAUGUCAUUGCACAAGCACAAUCAGGUACAGGCAAAACGAUAAUGGCCAGUAUUGCAGUUUUACAACAACUCAAUGUGGACUGCAAAAAUUGUCAAGCAUUAAUUUUGGUACCAACACGUGAACUGGCUCAAGGGACCCAUAGAGUCGUUUUAGCACUAGGUGAAUAUAUGAAUGUAACAUGUCAUGCACGUGUUAGCGGUGUGAACAUUCGUGAGGAUAUGAAACGUCUUGCAACUAGUGUUCAAGUUGUUGUUAGUACGCCUGGUCGGAUCUAUGAUAUGUUGGAGAGAUCAGCACUUUAUAGUGAAAAUAUCAAAAUGUUCGUAUUAGAUGAUGCUGAUGAGCUCUUAGCACGUGGUUUCAAAGACCAAAUUUAUGAGCUAUUGACAAUGUUAUCAAGAACUAUUCAGGUCAUUGUUGUAUCGUCUACGAUGUCCAGCGAAUUACUCGAAAUCGCAGCUAAAUUUAUGAAUGAUCCUGUGCAAAUUCUUACCAAGAGAGAAGACCGAACACUCGACGGCAUUCGUCAAUUUUACGUGAAUGUUGAACGUGAGGAAUACAAAUUAGAUAAAUUAUAUGAAUUAUUCGAUACAUUAACAAUCACACAAACUAUCAUCUUUUGUAAUACAUGCUACAAAGUCAAAUGGCUAUCUGAAAAACUACGUGCACAUAAUUUAACUGUAUCUGUUCUGAAUCUCAAUAUGAAUGCAGAACAACGCAAUGAUGCCAUAAAAGAAUUUCGAAUGGGUACCAGUCAAAUCUUGUUAAGAAAGGAUAGGCUUGAAGCUGAUACUGAUAUUCCACAAAUUAGUCCUAUUAUUAAUUAUGAUCUACCGACUAUUUGCGAGAGCUAUGUUCGUCGUAUUGGACGUAGGGGUCGAUUCGGUCGAAAAGGUAUAGCAAUCAAUUUCAUUACCAAUGAUGAACAACAAACAUUACAUGACAUUGAACAAUAUUAUAAUACACAAAUCCAAGCACUGCCUACAAACAUUGCUGAUUUGAUUUGA